AUGCAUUUCCAAGACGCAAUGAAACGUACCCCAUGGCAUCAAAGCGUAAUGCACGGCGAGGCAAUCUUGCAUCCAAUCUAGAGACUCGGCUCCAGUAGCCUGUGUGGUCUCUGGAGGGGUGAGACAUGCUUCCUCCUCGCGCAGCCUCUCGCCGCUCUCCAUCCAUGGCGCAUCUCCAGCUCUGAAUCCACUUCGGCUCCGGACACACCGGCGGCAGCGCUCGAUCCACACACACAUAAACACAUUUACACACACACACACACACACACCCAGUUUCUCAAAUGCAGAGCAGAGGACUGGACCGGCCGAAGAAAUCUCACCGAGUGCGUUGAUGCGUGAAGGAUGUAGAGCCAGAGGAGGGGACAGGAUGGAGUGCUCCUGGAAGACGGUGCUGCUGCUGGUGUGUGCAUCUCUUGGGGUCCAGUACACGGCUAUCCGGACCCUGAGGGACUCUCUGUCUGGGCCCUGUCAGGGAACCUACCGCUGCCAGACCAGACACCACAGAGACUCCAGGUGGAGAGCCCUGUGCGAUGACAGUUGGAUGCCCGUCGAUUCGCCUCGAAAGCACAUUUUGCUGUUUGCCACAACACGCAGCGGCUCCUCCUUCACCGGGCAGCUCCUAAACCAGCACCCAGGGAUCUUCUACGUGUUUGAACCCCUCUACCACGUCCAGCAGGCCUUCACCAACUCCAGCAGCAGGCUACGUCGCACCCUGGACCGCCGGGCUCUACUGGGAGCAUACAGGGACCUCCUCCUCAACUUGUACACCUGUGACCUUCACUUCAUGGAGAAUUACAUCCGUCCGGAGCCCCAGGACCACAUCACAAGUUCCUUUUUUCGCCGAAGCUCCAGCCACGCCCUCUGUUCCCCUCCCGUGUGUUCAGAAGGAGGGGAUGUGGCGGCAUCCGAUCCGCCUGAUGAAUCAUGGUGUCCUAAGAAGUGUGGAGCCCUGAACCUCACCUUAGCCUCGAUGUCAUGUCUCUCAAGGGAACACGUAGCUAUUAAGACCGUGCGGGUCCCUGAGGUGGGGGACCUGCGCACCCUGACAGAAGAUCCACGUCUGGACCUGAAGAUCAUCCACCUGGUGAGAGACCCCAGAGCUAUCCUCGCCUCACGCAUGAUGGCGUUUUCAGAUCAGUUCCGUGCUUGGAAAAUAUGGAACGCGACAGGACGACAGCCUCGAUACGUGGACCUGACGCAGAUCACCAGCACCUGCAAGGACAUGGCGGCUUCUGCGGAAACAGGCCUGCAAAGGCCGGCGUGGCUUCGGGGACGCUACCUGCUGGUGCGAUAUGAGGACCUGGCAUUCAACCCAAAGGACAAGGCUGCUGAGAUGUACAGGUUCGUGGGGCUUGAGAUGGAGGACAGAGUGCGGACAUGGAUUGCAAAGAACACCAACAGUAAUGUGUCGUCUCCGUCAGAGUGGAGUUACAGGUACUCUACCACCAGAGACUCCAGAGCGACGGCAGAGAGCUGGAGGCUUCGUCUGGGCUUCGACAUCGUGAGGACUGUGCAGAAUCUGUGCAAUGACACCCUGGCUCUGCUCGGAUACAAGCAGGUUCACUCUGCAGCUGAACUCAGAAACCUGUCUCACAGUUUAGUGGAACACAGGACCUUUCAGGCAGUGACCUGA